AUGUCCCUGUGCUGCACGCAAGGCCAAUGGCCGAAAGAGCAGCAGCAGCGGCAGCAGCAGCAAGGUCAGCAUCUGCAGCACUGUCGGCAGUUGAUCCAUGGCUUGGCCCCCACAACAGGCCGCCUUGGCCACUGCUGCUGCUGCACGCAGCAAGCAGAAAGCUCGUGCUUGCUUAAGACUGGUGCCUUUCAAAGCCUGCAGCAGCAGCAGCAGCAGCAGCAGCAGCAGCAGCAGCAACAGCAACAGCAGCAGCGGCAGCUCUUGCGAGCUUCUGCGGCUUCGCUGAGUGCAGAUGCCUCCCUGCUUAUGUCAUCUCCCGCUGCCAGCGAUGACUCUAAGCUGAGAGAGUUGUCUGGGACCCGGGAAUUGCGAAAGUCAGCAGCAGCAGCAGCAGCAGCAGCAGCAGCAACAGCUGCAGCUGAGGCAACAACAGCUGGCACUGUCGAAGUAGCGGCAGACGCCUGCAGAGCGUCUCGCUGCUGUGGUCGCAGCAGCAGCAGCAGCAGGGGCUAUCUGAGGCAGCAAACAGCUGCAAACAGCCACACGGGCAGCAAGCAGCAGCCGCUGCCAUCAUUGCAGCACUUCCCUUCGAGCCCCAUUCUUACCCAAGGCCGCAGCAACAGCAGCAACGACAACAACCACAGCAGCAAAAGUAGCAGCAGGAAGUGCAGCAAUGGCAGCAAUAGCAGCAGCAAACGCUUCAGCAGGAGCCACAGCAGCAGCAGCAGCCGCAGCAACAGCAAGAGCAACAAGGAAAUGAAAACUCCUGUUUCUCCUAGCUCCUCAGCUGUGUGCGAUGCCGGAAGAGCAGCUGCAGCAGCAGCAGAGGCUGUUGCCGCUGCUGCCUUCAACAUUUCCCUCCGCCACCAGCAAAACAGCAAAAAUGCUGCUGCUGCCGCUGCUGCUGCAUCCGCUGCUGCGCACUCAAUUGUAGAAGAAGAAAGCCUCUUUCGGCCCCCAUUGCCUGAAGAUCUUUUGUCUGCAAGAGUUCGGGCCAUCUUGUCAACAGCAUUUAAAUCUAGCAGCCCGCGAGCACAGCAGCAGCAGCAGCAGCAGCAGCAGCAGCAGCAGCAGCAAUGGGCAGUUGCUGCAUCAUUAGCAGCAGGGAAAAGAACAAAGAGUCGGCGGCAAAUUUUUGAAAGAUACGCAAAGCUUACAGCACCCCGAGCAGGUCUUGCUGCGGAGAGUCCAUGGAAGCUUCUGCUGCAGCAAGUGCAACAGCAGCAGCAGCAGCCACAGCAACAGCAGCAGCAGGCUGAAGGGGAGCUGCUGCGGACCCAUACGGUUUCUGAACGGAGAGGCCGCAAUCACAGCCUUCCACCUUUCCCCUCAACACGGCGGGCAGCAGCCUCAGCGGCAACUUCUCCAGAACCGGAGCAGCAACAGCAGCAGCAGCAGCAGCAGCAGCAGCAGCAGCAGCAGCAGCAGCAGCAGCAGCAGCAGGCUCAGAGGAAGGAUCGGAGGCGGCUCCCUGUUCGGGAACAGGCCAAAGGAAAUGCCUUAGGCAAGGCCGAUGGCCUGACUGGCCCUUUUGCAAAUCAGCAGCUGCUUAGAAGAUGCAGCAAUCUCAGCAGGCAUCAUGAGCUCAAUGCCUCUGCUGCUGCUGCUGCUGCUGCUGCUGCUGCUGCUGCUGCUGGAUGCGACUCUUCGGGCGCCGCUGCAUGCAGCAGGGAUUCGACUGCUUCUACCGCUGCUGCUGACGACGAGCAGCAAAACUCAGCCCCAUCUCUCUUCUCCAGGGAUACACUCUGUGGCAUUGCUUUUAGGCAUUUUCCCAUGUGGGAAGGGGACGGCGGGAGGGCAGCAGCAGCAACAGCAGCAGCAGCAGCGAGGCCCAGCAUCUUUGAGUUUAGUGGCAGCGCAACGGCGCCUCUGCGUAAAUACUUCAGCAACAACAACUACAGCCAGAAAGGCCACUUGUGUUUUUGCGGGUGCGAGAGGCCGCAGGUUGCGCAGGGAACUAUAUGGUCUGUUGCAGGGCAGCAGCAGCAGCAACAGCAGCAGCAGCCGCAGCUGCAGCAGCAGCGCAGGUCAGCCACUGCGGACUGGGUUAGCUACGGAAGGUCCACUGAGGCACAGCAGCAGCGCCGGAAGCAGCAAAGGCAACAUCGGCACCAGCAGCGCGAGACAAGAAGGGAAGCAGCAGCAGCAGUAGCAGCAGCAGCAGCAGCUCGGCGACUGCCCCGAAGUCCGCUAACCCUAGGCAGGGAGCCACACAGGCACAGCGCGGGACAUUGGAGUUCCUGGGAUGCAGACGCAGCAGCAGCAGCAGCAGCAGCAGCAGCAGCAACAGCGGCAGCUUCAGAAAGAGAAACGGCCUCCUGCGUGGACAGCGUGCGCAGCUACGGGUUUUCUGAGAGGAGUUCAGGAUCCUUUUCUCUGGACCAAGACAGAAGCAGCUGCAGAAGCAGAGAAAGAAAAGAAGAAAUUUCGAAAAGUUUCGACAAAAGAGAAAACUGCUGCAGCAGCAGAAAAGGCCAAGACAGCUGCUGCAUCUCCAGGCUCUCCUGCGCUGACCCCGGCCGCCACAGGCGCAGCAGCAGCCCCCUGCGGCUGCUGUUCAAAACGGAAGCAGCGCAGCGCAGCAGAAGGAAGUUUAGAGAAAAGAAAAGAGAUUGGGGGCCAGAAGAAGAAGCUUCAGCAGCAGCUGAGCCCCUUGAUGCUGCAGCAGAAGCAGCGCCUGCAUGCGACUCGCAGCAGUGCUGCUCAGAGCUCACCAGCAACUCCGCAGCGCCGCCUGCAGCAGACGAAGCACAGCCUCAAGCACCUGCUGCUGCUGCUGCUGCUGCUGCGGAGGCUGCUGAAGAGCGCUCAAGAGUAACAGACACAGAAGAGGAGGCCUCAGCAGCAAUAUCGGAGCAGCCGCCACUUCGGUACACCCACCAAGGGCGGGAACGCCGCGAGCACGAGGAAGAGGUUGCUGCUGCUGCUGCUGCUGCUGCUGCUGCACAUAUGUAUCCGUUGGAGCAUGCGGCAGAAAGGACUGAGCGGCAAGAAUUUUACUUCAGGAGUAACAGUCGCGGCAGCAGCAACAGCUGCUGCAGCAGUUGCUGCAGCAGCUGCAGCAGGAGCAGGCUUCCUCCCUCGCCGGACCAGUACGAAGCUUCGGAGCAGCAGGAACAUCCGCAGCUGACAGAUGUGUCUGUUGCAGCGACAGCCUCCGUUUGGGAAGAUAGCCCAUGCAGUCGAGUGCAGCAGCAGCAGCAGCAGCAGCAGCAGCAGCAGCACCGACGACAAAAGACUCAGCGGCAGCACCGAGAGUGGGUGCUGGAGCAUCGGUGGCGGGACCAGCAGCAGUGGCUGCAGCAGCAUGAGCAGCAGCAGCACCAGCAGCAGGAGCAGCUUCAGUGCGCCUCUUCGUAUGUUUCCUCCCAGCGCACAGCCACCUCUGUGUCUGACGCUUCUGCUGCUCCCCCAGCUCAGCAGCAGCAGCAACAGCAGCUGCUGCUUCCGCGGGCCAGGCGGGGGCACAGCAGCGGCCGGCAGGGGAGUGGCCGUGCUGCUGCUCUGCAGCAGCAAGAAACAUUUGUACACAUAGAAGACCAGUGGCUUCCAGGGCCUGCUGCUGCUGCUUUUUUCGGGAGUUGUUCUGAAGCUGCGCUGUCGCCCAGCAGCUGCGGGCCCCGCAGCCCUCAAGAAGCUGCUGCAGGCUGGGAAGCUCGCAGCAACUCUGCUGCAACAGAAACCAUUGCUGCAGCACAGGAAGCAGCGGAAGGCAGUUCUUGCUCUGAAGCUGCUUCAUUUCUUCCGGAGCCUUUGCCCGAAGCUGCCUGGGAAAAGCGGGAGAAGAAGCGCAGUUCACGUAGGCGGGCAGCUGCUGCUGCUGCUGCUGAGCCCCCAGAAGCAGCAGCAGCGGCCACAGCAGCAGCAGCAGCAGCACAGCUUUCCACUCUCGUGAGAGAGAUCCUCCGCAUGCGCCAGAUUCAAGUCUCAAGGCACACUGGUGACGCGUGGCAGCAGAUGCAGCAGCAGCAGCAGCAGCAGAGGCAGCAGCAUGUCCGCCACAAGGCGCACCUGCCUCUGUGGCAUUCGCAUCAGCGCAUCUCGCGCGUGCGGCCUUCAGCUCUGAGGCAGCAGCUGCAGCACUUGCUGCAGCGAAAGCAGCAGCUCUUGCUGCAGCAAAAGCUGCAAUGCGAGAUACCAGUGGACACCCAAAGUGCUGCUCCUGCUUCGACAGCUCAGCAGCAGCCUGAAGAGCCCUAUGAGCAUCAGUCAGAGCUAUUCACCGAUGUAACACCAGCAGCAAGAGCAGCAGCAGAAGCAGCCGCAGCAGCGGUAGUUGCUGCUGCUGCUGCACAAACUGUUGCUGCAUCAGAGCCAGCAGCAGAAGCUCCAGCUGCUCCGCGUGCUGCAUCUUGUAACUCCGCUGGAGCCACAGCAGCCUCAGUAGCUGCAGCAGCGCAACAAGAAGCAGCAACUGCCUCCUCUUUGGUAGUGCCUUCCAUUCCAGCAGAGCUUCCUGCUGAGUCUUCCCAGCAGCAGCAAUUGCUCGCUGCUGCAACAGCCGAUGCUGCUGCAGCCAAUGCUGCUGCAGCAGCUGCUGCUGCGACUGAUCCAGGUAAAGCAACAGAAACGGAAAUUCGCAGUGAAGCAGCAGCACAAGACCAACAGAACACAGAAGUUCAAACAAUGCAGGUGUCUGCUGCGUCGGAGGUUGCUGCUGCUGCUGUUGAGACGGCAGGAGAGCGCUGGAAAACGCCCAUAGCAGCAAAUGCAGCAGCAAAGCUGCCACACCGUGUAGUCCAUUGGGAAGAGAUAGUCUGCAGCGAUUCGCAGCAGCAGCAGCAGCAGCAGCAGCCGACUAACUGUAGGGCAGCCGCAGAAAGAGCCCGCCAGGCUGCGAGGCUUGCUGUAGCAGCAAGCAGAAAGGCUAUUGCAACCGCUUCAGCAGCAGCGAGAGCAGCAGCAGCCCCACCGUUACGCAGCAGCAGCAGCUGCAGCACCAGUGGUCCUGUGAGUCGCCCUCAACCCCUCUUGCCGAGGCGCGGCAGCGCUAAGCUGCCCCGUGUUGCUGCAGCAGCAGGUCUUGAAAAGCCAAGCAGCAGCUCUGGUGUAAGCAGCAGCACCAGCUGCAGCCACAGCCUGAGAGCCCAAAACACAGCAGCGCCACCUGCUUCGAAUUCUGCCUCUGCUACAGAGAAGGGCAUAGCUUCCGCCACUGCUGCAGCUGGUGCUGCUGCAGCUGCUGCAGCUGCUGCAGCUGCUGCAGCUGCUGCAGCAGCACCAGAGCAGGGUUUGGCUUGUGACCCAAAUGGACAGGCCGGGAGGGAGGGGCCCUUACAUUCUACAGUGCGCAGCAGCCCAUUGCAAGAUAGCCAGGGAACGGCCCUGCCUUCUCGAGGCAGCAGCAACAGCAGCAGCAAAGUCAGCAGCAGCAGCAAGCAGAGCCGCCGCCAACUGUCACAGACAGAGCUUGAGACAGAGAGCCUGGAUGGGUGUUCGAACGCCUCGUUGCUGCUGCGCAGCAGCAACAGCAGCAACAGCAGCAACCAAGACUGGCCGCAUGCAUCUGCUGAGAGCCACUCCCGCCCUCGGCUGCUGCUGAUGCAGCUGCGCCUGCUGCAGCAAGAAGAACAGAAGCGCGCAGCGGGACUGAACUACCUGCAGCAGAAGCAGCAGCAGCUGCAGCGGCUGGCACGCAUUGAAACAACGAGGAAGGCCAAGGCAGAGGCUGUUGCUGCAGAAAAAAUUCAAAGGCGCCUCGCCACUCUCGACGCAAUACAGCAGCAGCUGCUGCAGGGAGCCACACGAAGGUGCAACAGCACGUUGCUGCAGCAGCAAGUGCAACAACUGCAGCAGCAGAACAGGCAAAAUCGGUUUAUGCGCAGCCGAAGCAGCAACCAGCAGCAGCAGCAGCGCGAGGACGGCGGCAUAAUUCUACUGGAGUUCCACCCUGCCCACAACUCCGCAUCAUGGGCUGUUCAACAGGACAAAAAGCGAGCAGCAGACGAGCAGCGGCAUGCAAAGGCAGCAGCAUACGGCCGGCUGCUGCAGCAGCAGCAAGCGGCUCUAGGCCGGCUGGAGCGUCUGCAGCAAGAAGCAGCAGAGCAGGCAUGUGCCCCGGCAGCUGCAGCAAAAGCAGCAGCAGCAAAGGCUGCAGCUGCACGGGCAGCAGCAGCAGCAGCGGCUGCAGCUGCAAAGGCGCAGCAGAUGCACCACAGAGAGCUGCUGCAGACGCACGAGCCGCUGCUGCUGGCGACUGUGCAUCAGAAGCUGCUGCUGCAGUAG